AUGGGUAUAUGUGCAUCUGGUGCAUAUGAAAGGAAAGGUGGGAUAGCCCCAUUCUGGCCAUCCACAGCCAAGCUAAUUGACUUGGAUGGAAAGCUCCAAGAGUUCAGACACCCAACCAUAGCCGGACGCAUCCUCUCCCACAAUCCCAACUGCUUCCUCUGCUGCUCAGAUUCCAUGUACAUCAACUCCAGCGUCCCUCUCAUCCCCAAAAAUGAAGAGCUACAGCUGGGACAAAUUUAUUUCCUGUUACCACUCUCCAAAUCCCAUGUACCACUUUCUCUGCAAGACUUGUGUGCACUAGCCAUCAAGGCUAGUUUGGCACUAGCUCAUUCAGACCCUGCGUCUAUGAGAGUAAUCACAGAGAUUGAAGAUCUAAAUCCCAAGACUGCAGCCUCACCAUCAAGCUCACACUUGUCAAGUUGGGAAAGAGUUGAAGAUUCAUUGCAUAAUUCACUCUCUGUCAAGAAAUACCAAGAGGGAAAGUAA